CAACAUUGCGGUGUAUAUGUCAAGAUCGUAGUCAAUAAAAAUGGUAUCUUGGAGUGCUCUAGGCCGAUCUUUCGGCAUAAGUUUACUUAAAAAUCAAGGCACUAAGCCAAUCGUAGUCCAAAAUGUGAAACUAUCAACUAACAAAGCCCUCUUUGGCGGCCAUGAGCACAACACAAUGCCACUGCAGCCAUCAAGAUGGCAAUACAUCAAGUUCAAAGAUAUGUUCCACUACUACACCCUGGUGGGGCUGAUCCCUGUGGGGCUGAUCAUCUUCUACACGAACGUGUUCAUCGGGCCGGCGCAGCUGGAGCCGAUCCCGGAUGGUUACAACCCUAAGCACUGGGAGUACCACCGCCAUCCCAUCACGAGGUUUAUUGCGCGCUACAUCCACUCCAGCCCUCAGCAGGAAUAUGAAAAAUUCAUGCACUGGGUUGAUGAGGAACAGCAGAAGGUCAAGCUCCGUAAACUAGAGACAGAAAUCCAAGCCAAGAUGGCUGAACGUCAAGAUUACCAGGCAUACUACUACCGCCCCAUGGUCAACAAAUACCUCCGCAUUGAGAAGAAGAUCAGCGAAGAAAUGCAGGAGCGCAUCGGUGAUGACUACAAAGAUUAAGCAACUCAGUGAUGUUAGUAUAAUAGUUCAAGUGAUUUGUUACAUGUAGAUAAUAAACUAUUAAUUGUUGCUUAAUUUUCUGUUUCAAUGUGAAAUGGUGUCAUGAUUUGUAUGGCUCUCUAUUUGAAACAGGACUUCAAGAAUCUUAAAAACACUUAUAUAAAUGGUUGAGUAAUGCAUUAAAUUGGAUUGGAUUUCUACUUGCACAAAACCAUAGGGUUUUUUUUUCUCUCAAUCACAUUCUUAACAUAUUUCACAAUAAACAUGCAGUGAAAGACCAGACUGGUCUUUUAAAGUUUAUGCAAUAAGGCAUUUACUACAGCUAUAAGUAAAUUGGUCUGCUCGUAAGCUAUGUUGACUAAUUGAUGGGAUAUGUAUUCAUUGUAAUUUGAGUCCUGUUUAAUUUAGACAGUUUCGUACAUGCCUGGUGUAAAGGGCCUCCCAUCUAGUUUAUAUAUAUAUAGUCAGGUUUACUAUGACUUGUGUAACUUAAUUUAUGAGAUUUUGCAAUAAUUUGUCGAGUUUUGGGCAAAUAAAAAACUGCAAACAUA